AUGCCGCUAUGGCUAGAGCCUCCUGAAGGUCCACACAAAGCUUGGGUUCCACGGAAUAAGGGCGAGUUGCGACGACUCGAUGCUGUAACGCGGGCGUUAGCGAUGGCUGUCUUGCAAGAAUACCCUCACAAAUGGUCAAUGUCUUCACAUCUCUCUCUCACAGAACUGGCGAGUUUUCCAGCCCAUUUAUGUCUGACUGUGAAUAAGACAUCCAUUCUCCUUCCCCUUUCAUUACGAGCACAAAAACGCAUGAAAGCGAGAUAUCGGGCGUGCAGUGCUCGCAGAAAGAACGGCGUUUGGCACUCACUCAUCGUCCACCACUGCCCAAGGAUCCUCCCCGCGAAAAGUUUGAUGGCCCAGUUUGACUGGAUAUCGACCAUCACCCACUCACCCGAUAUCGUCGCCCUGCUCCAUUCCAACAACUUGCCAUCACCCCUACAAUCCGUCAACCUGAACGCAUCAGUGGCGAAGUUAGAGGAUACUAGCCAAGAAAUCCAGGCUGUGCUUGACCUGCUAGGGAACGCAGUGGCAUCCCUCGAAGCUCAGAUGUCACGAGUACGGUCUCUCCAGCACCAUUACAGCGCCAUGCUAUCUCCCCUACGACGUGUACCAGCAGAGAUAGUGAUGGAGAUUCUAUGUCAUACGUGGAUGGCGGUCGAUGGUCCCGAAGAAACUCACGUCUGUGAGUUUAACGUUUUCACUGUUGCAGAGGGUCCAUGGUAUCUCGGGCAAGUAUGCAGGCUAUGGAGGGACGUCGUCAGUACGCUCUGUCCCAAACUAUGGGCAACGAUGACCAUCCAAGCUCCACGUUCCGAUAUAGAUGCGUGGCAUCCCUGCGGAGACGUCGUAGCAAUGCUCGAGAGUGUGCUCGAACGGGCUGGCAAGCAUCAUCCCCUUGACUUCUUGUUUUCCCAUUGCACCGUUUCAUCAGCAGAAGUUCUCAGCGUCAUGCAGCGGUGCUUUGACUUUAUGAUAAACCAUUCAGCACGAUGGAGAAGAACCGAAUUUGUCGUUCAUCCCUCAUUUCUUCCACGUCUUUCUGGCUUUCGCGGAAAGGUCAAUCUGCUCACCGAUGCAUAUGUGAAAUGUUGGUCCUACCUGGAGAAUCAUUCAGCACCCAUCACCGCCUUUGAAAUAGCCCCCAGGCUGAGAAACCUCCACCUGAAAGGAAUACAUCGUCAGGCUCAAAUCACUUUUCCUGCCAGCAAUCUUAUCUCGUUUUACGAUGAACGACCAUUUGCGGGCGACUUGCUGACGCCGGAAUAUGUCGACAUUAUCAGAUCUUCUCCGAAACUCCUCUCGUUUUCGUACCACAACUACGCUGACGCCCCGGUACCACCAGGAUUACUGCCAGCCCAUCCCCGUGUUAUCAGCCAGUCCAUACAGACGUUUUCAGUUUCUUCGGCAUGUUUCAUGCGAAGUGUUGAAUUACCAGCCCUACGCGAGGUUGUUCUCACCGCUGGCUACGACAAGGACAGAAACCAGCAGGUUAUCGACCUUCCAAGGCGUGCCAUCAUAGCGCUGUCGGAGCUACUUCACCAUUCUCACUGUUCGCUAAUCCGACUCUCUGUCGUCGAUACAACUAUCGUUGGCAAUGAUCUUGCGGCGGAUGAGGGUAACGAUCUGGGUAUGGAAGUGCUUAUGGUGGAGCUGGCGGAGACCGUACGGGUGGAUGGGUCAGUUUGCCAUGCCCUGGUUCCUUGUCUGAGCAGCUUCCGCAUCGUGUUGGAAGGAGUUGAUAAUGUGCAUGUCUGUUUUCUUGAACUGGGACAAAGUUGGAGUUAUGGAUUGGAUCCGGAAGAUGAGGACGAAUUGAGGGCCCUUGCGAAGACUGGUCUCACGCUAGACUUUGAUCUGUAUGAUUUCUGA